ACAUCAUCCCGAAGCCUCUGAAGUCUUGCUUCACGGCGUGAACAUUUGGGUGCGUUCGUGGAGAAUCUGCUGGACAUAGACAUGUCUUUUAACUGUGUAUGAUCUUCUUUUUGGAUCUUUUCCGCUUCCAUUGUGGUUCACUCCCGGGAACCCUCCCCUGGUGAUCUCACGCGAACUCUCUUGGUACUUAAGAGUCGCAAUGGAGUCUGCCAGCCAUGCGAACCACGUCCCUACCUCCGCUGUUAUCAGUCGAGCUGGCCACUGGCUACCAGCAUUACGACCAGAAGUCCUAGAGGCAGAUGAAGUGUCUCCAAAUGCCGACAGUCUCUCGAACACGGUUGAGAACCUACCAACAGGCUUUGUGAAUGAGGAAUCUCAUAUAAUACCUCCGUCCUCAUCGCUGGAAGAGAGUGAAUCAGGAGGCGCAUCUGCACAUGGCUUUCCUGAGAUGCCACAUGUAGAGAACCAUAAUGAGUUCUCACCUGAAAUCAAGACGACCGAGGCUACCAGCACAGUGCCUCCACCCUGGUCACCAGAACCUGCAGGAGUGCACUUGGGGGGCGAUGAACUCCCGUCGGAAGAUGAUGAUGAACGAUUAGAUCCAGCCUUGGGCAUAGCGCGAACAGACACAAGUCGCAUUUUGGAAGGCGUUAACCGGUCGACAACAUUCCCGGAUUUCUCGACUCCAGAUACCCAUAAUAAUUCCGUUGAUCGAGGCACCCCUGAUUCUGUGCUCGAGCAGCAUACCAUGGUUGCUGAGAUUGAGAAGACCAACAUAUCGCAACAGGCAGACCCUCCUACAGAGCCGCAUAGUCUCGAAUGGAUGCAGGAUGAACAUGAUGGCACACGAGAUCCGCAUGAAUGGACUAUACCCGAGCAAUCACCAGCAGUGGAUGAAGCUGCCGGAAGAUUCGACGAAGGGGUUCCUCUGAUGCAGGCCGAGGAGCCAGCUGCGAAGCUCUCCGAGGACAAAGAAAUUUCAUCGUCAUUCAACCACCUCGCUGUGAGCGCUGACGACGAAGAGACGUCGUUCUUCUCCCAGAUCAAUGGCACCACUGAUUCUGCGCCCGAGGCUCCAUCACUGGAUCGCAAGUCCACCACUCAAGUCCUUGGCUCUCUGAACUUCUCGACAAGUGAUGCGCUAGAUUCUCCCGCCGUGGAACAGAAGCCUGAAGCUCCGGAGUCGUCGUUCUUCGAAAUGCUGGCUGAUCAGAAUGGAACCGAAAUCCAUCCCACCACCGGAGAUUCCAAGCCUACCGAAACUACUGACGUUGACGCUGCUGCUUGGGCUGCUGCUCUUAGUGAUGAUGAAUUCCUUGUCGAGGACGCCGAUGACCUUCUCCCCGAUUCCGAGCCUGGAUCGCCCUCAUCUUUCGAAGCCGCCCUCCGGCAAGAUACUUCGCCAUCGGUUCAGGACAACUCCAAUGCGUCAAACACACAAGUGGCUCCGGGUCCUAAUGGUGCAAGACCUCAGCCGCAAAGACAAAUGUCAGCCAACCCGUACGCACCUCAUCAACCAUCCACAGCCGAUAUGCUACAAUUAUCUCCUACAGCAAAAACUACGCACAACAAUAUCGGCAUCUCUCGACCUGAGCUUGCACCAAUGAAUUCUUUCCAAGCGCAGCUCCAACAGAGACCGUCAGUGCAACCGAUGAAGAGCUUUGUCGACCAGGCCAAGGACGGCUACAAGUCGCCAUACGAUUUGCCCAUAGACAUCAGCAAGCCCAGAAAAAGAGCCCAUGCCCCUGCACAUGUUCAGACACCCACAACAGUUGCACCCCCACCACGGAGCAGUAGUCUGUCCGACAAGCCCCUGCAGUCACCGUUCGUCCCGUCCAUGGCAAGUGCUGGACCUGCGCCGCCUACCGCGCCCGCCCUAAAUAUGCAAAGUCGAAGCGUUUCUGCUAUGCCAUCGUCUGGGAAAUCGGAGAGACCAAAAUCAAGCUCCUCAAGUUUCUUCGAGGAACUGCCCAUCGUGCCCAAGCAUCGUCCCUCUAGCGGCCAUGGACGGUAUACGCCGCAUAACAACAUCACUACUUCUCCGCCACAAUUGCCUCCCCAAAGUCCACCUCGCGCUGCCUUUUCGCCUCCUCGAGUGCGCUCCUCGCCUCCUCCACCGUCUGACCCUUAUGCUCAAUUUCAACUACGAGCGCCAGAGCGCAUGGAUCCUUAUGCCAAUGUUGCUCUUCAGCCACCCGCUCAACCGGCAGUAUCGACUACCAGAUAUUCUCCAGCACCCCCAGCUUCCUCCCUAGCUUCGGCAUCACGUACAGGACCUUCACCCCGAUAUUCUCCCGCGCCCCCUCCAGCAGGACCCCCUACCAACACUCUGAAUAGGUAUGCAACUCAACCAGCAGUUCCACAUGCAUCGGGCCAAGCAGCGCCGCCCAUGCUACAUAGAUACGCCUCGCAGCCACAUGUGCAUGCUGCAGCACCUCCUCCAGUCUUACCUUUCCAACCCAGAACCUCUAGCCCUUUAGCAUAUCAUAAGAGUUCUGUUGAUGAGAGCGCCAAUGAGGUCUCGACAAGCCAAGCGCAAAGAGCAGGUGGGUUGCUACGACAAGUGUCUGCUGCGGGAGCUAUUCCGUCACAAUCAGUAGCUUCGCCCGAGAUGUCCUCUGCCUUUGACGCAUCUGUCUAUGGCUCUCCUGCUAAGCCUCCCGGGGUCGAAAGAUUGCCCCCUCCGCGACGAUCACAGACGCAGUCUCCGUCCAAACAGCGGCCGCAAGCUGCCUUUCCUACCCAUAUCAGCGAUGUACCAAACCGUCCUGCUUCAGCCUACGGUCAACCAGUAGUUGGGAGGGCGCCGUUGGAGAGCAUGCCACCUGCUCGGCCGCAAGCGCAAGCUCGAGGAUUGGCUACUGGCCUUGAGUUUGUGCGGCCCAUUGACGAGGCUCAAUUUGAUCCUCUGGAGCGUUGGAAAGGCGCGCCAGUUUUCAAUUUCGGUUUUGGUGGGUCGGUAGUCAGCACCUUUCCAAAGCAUGUUCCGCGAUAUACUGCAGGAUCAGCAAGGCCUCAGAUCAAGGCUGCCCCUGGCGAAGUAUCCACGCGUAAUCUAAAAGAUGACCUCGUGCCUCUAGACGCGUUGGAUAACUUUCCUGGACCACUACGUGGAAAAUCAAAGAAGAAGGAUGUGUUGUCGUGGAUGUCCGAAUAUAUUGGUGCACUGGAGUCGUCUGGGCCAAAUACUGGGGCGUCUCCGUCUAUGCCUGAUCCCGGAAGUCGUCAUCAUGAAAAGUUGUUACUUUGGAAAGUUGUCAAAGCGUUGGUGGAGCACGAUGGCAUUCUCGACGGUACUGCUUUGAGGUCUGUGAACCUCAUCUUGUCUCCAGAAGUACAUGCGCUGGACGAGCAAACUGCUACGCAGUAUCGCACAGACUCCGAAGUUUCUGGAAUAUACCGACCAUCCGGCAAUAACGCACGUACCGAUUCCAUCGAUCCUAUGGCCGUUGAAACUCUUCGAAAGCGGCUGCUUAGUGGCGAUAGACAAGCAGCCGUUUUUCAUGCUAUGGACAACCGCCUCUGGUCACACGCGUUGAUAAUUUCUUCGACGAUGGAGCGUUCGGUCUGGAGCCAGGUUGUGCGGGAAUUCGUCCGCCAGGAGGUCAAGACUGUGGGCGAAAAUUCCGAGCCAUUGUCGGCGCUAUAUGAAAUAUUCGGCGGGAAUCUGGAGGAGAGUAUCGAUGAGCUUGUGCCCCCUUCGGCUAGGGCGGGUCUGACAAUGGUCAGCAAAAUUGACAGCACUGGUCCCACCAAGAAUGCGCUCGAUGGACUGAAUCGCUGGAAGGAGACCUUAGGUCUCGUCUUGAACAACCGCUGUCAGGGCGAUCAACAAGCCCUGGUGGUGCUUGGGAAGCUAUUGGAAGACUAUGACCGCAUUGAGGCCGCCCACAUUUGCUAUUUAUUUUCGAGGAGUCCAGCCAAACCAACCAUUUUCGGUGGAGGGGACGAUGAUCAAACACCUAUCACCCUGCUUGGUGCAAACCAUAAGAAACAACCCUUUGAUUUCGGCCGUGACAACGAAGCCAUAGUUCUCACGGAAAUCGUCGAAUUUGCGACAAGCAUACUGGCUGCAGGUGCUACAACCUCGUUCAUGCCCCAUCUGUCUGCUUACAAGCUCCAACGGGCGAAGACGUUGGCCGACAAGGGGCAGAAGGUGGAGGCACAAGCAUAUUGUGAUGCCAUCGCUGCAACUCUCAAAUCGAAUACAAAGAUGUCGCUCUACUAUCACUCAGUCUUCCUGUCUGAGCUGGACGACCUUUCAAACCGCCUGAAGCAGACACCAAUCCAAGGCUCUUCUUCGUGGCUAGGCAAGCCAAGUCUCGAAAAGGUAUCUGGCUCUGUUUGGAACAAGUUUAGUAGCUUUGUCGUCGGUGACGAUAGUGAUGCAGAAUCUAAGGGCUCUGGAAAGGAUGCAGCUGAAGCAGGACCCUUCGCCAAUGUUGCUGGGACGCCUUCGGUGAGCAGGACAGGCUCGCAAUCAGACCUGUAUGGUGCAUACAGUCAGAGCCUGCCUGCGACGGUCUCAAAUUCACGAUAUGCGCCAAAUGGAGUCCACUCUACUCGCUCUUCGUCGGAACUUACCAGAGGAAGGCCGUCCUUGGAUUCACAGAGGUCACCCCCGUCAACAUCUCAUUCCCACAAUCGACAAUAUGAGCCAAUGAACAUGCUCCAACAGACUGGGGCUGCACAGUCCUUCAAUCCUUACCAAGCGUUUGCGGCAGCCUCGCCUCCUUCGUCUUUUCCUCAAAGCCCGCCCAGGUCUUCGUACGUGCCCAACAACACAUUUAAUCCAAUUCCGGAAGAUCUACCUCAGCCUUCUUAUGUGCCAACUCCUCCAGCCGAGGAAAUAACUCAACAGUCGUUUGGCUACGACAAAGAUUCUGUCUCGACGCGAAUGAAUGAGGUACCUGUUGGAUAUGGUGGCUUUGAGCCGCCCCAGCCACAGGAAACUGCAACAGCUCCCCAGCAUGAUCAGGCUGGCGAAGCAGGGUUUGCCCCCCUUUCGCAGUCAUAUGGCUACGAACCUCCUGACUCCGGCUACGUGCCCUAUGUUCCGGAGCCUGAUUCGCCGGAAGAGAACAAAAAGCCUAAGAAGAAGUCGUUCAUGGAUGACGAUGAUGACUACUUCCCUAAGAUGUCGAAUCAUUCACAGCCUCCCACGUCGCAGCCAUCUGUUGGUGGCGAUGACGAAGCUGCACGAAAACGAGCUAAUGACGAAGCUGCUGAAGCUGCUUUCCGUGCUGCCGCAGAAGCUGACGCCGCACAGGAGAAAGAAAAGGCACAGGCAAAGAGGUCCUCGUCUUGGUUCGGCGGAUGGCUGGGAGGUAAAAAGGCGGAGCAAGGACUGGAUAGUGGCAAAGGUGGAGGUGCAGAGCCCAAGAUCUACAAGGCGAAACUAGGCGAGUCGAAGAUGAAGCUUUAUUAUGACAAGGACUUGGGAAAAUGGGUGAACCCAGACAAUCCCGAUGCGGCGAAGAAAACAGCAACUCCACCACCUCCACGGAUGGGCGGGACCCCAGCACCUUCCAUGGGUCCUUCAAUCGCGCAUACCUCGAAUCCAAGUCUUCCAAACAUGAGCGUUGGUCCGAUGUCUGGUCCUGGUAGCCGAUCAGGAACACCAGCCAGUGGGCCGACCGUGCCAUCACCUCUGCCUGGUAUGUCUGGUCCUCCAAGUGGCACUGGAACGCCUCCACCAGCUCCAACUUCUGCCCCUGGACUCGCUCCUCCUCGACCUAGCACGGCCACCAGCAAUGCUAGCAGUAUCGAUGAUCUUAUUGGCCCUGCCACUGGACGCAAAGGUGCUGGCAAGGGGGCCAAGAAGGCCAAAGGACGUUAUGUGGAUGUUAUGGCUAAAUAGAAGUAACACUAUGUGUUACGCCGGUCUUUCUAACGAUCCUAUGUAUAGUAAUUUUGAGGAAUGGAUGUAUAUAUGCCAUCGAGA